AUUUUCAGGGCUUCAUUGUUCACAUUCUAUAAUGGAGGCGGUAAGCAAUACUGCCAACAUAUCUCACGCCAUAUUCCAAUUCCUGGUCCAUGCACAAAAAGCCAGAGAGUUUGAGGAUGAAUUCGAAAGACACCAGCUGAGACUCAACAUUCUCCAAGUACGCCUCUCCCGUCAGAUUGAGUCUUUGAGAAAUAUCGACAAUGUGAAAAGCGGCAGCAGCUUUUUAACCAUAAAGGCCGACGAAAACCCAUCCAGCCCACUGGAAAUCGCAGAAAAAGAAGAGUCGUUGGCAGAGAUUGUUGCCGCUGUUCAGCAUACCCUCUCUAAAGCUCAGCGAGACACUACCAAGAUGAAAACCGAUCUCGUCGCCGGCCCCCCACUAGACGAACAACCGGCGCGGCUCCGAGGCCUGGCAUUCCUCGACAAGCGCAGACUUCAGACAGCGAAAGCAAUUGGCAGAAUGCAAUGGGCCAUCUACAAGAGAGAGCGCUUUGAUAGAAGCAUUGCAGAUAUCGCUGCGCUAGUUGCUGAUCUGGAGAAAUUAGCCAAAAAGCAAGCGUAA